AGAUUGUAUCAGUAUAUAAGUUUGACUGUGCCUUUCAUUGCGCUGGCCAACGUUGGUUAGGAAAUAAGGAAGAUUUUGACGACGAGCCGUUUCCAUUCUUUGAAGCGGAGCUCAACAUCAACGUUUAAAAACGUGUCAAACGAAUUAUCGACUUGAGCGGCCUUUUGCUAUUCAAAUUUACCUUGCAAUGGCUAAGGACAAGCUUAACACCCAGGCUCCUCUCAAAAUAGCAUUUAUCCACCCUGAUCUUGGCAUUGGUGGAGCUGAACGGCUAGUUGUGGAUGCAGCAGUUGGUUUGCAAGAACGUGGACAUCAAGUCGUAAUGUAUACUUCACACCACGACAAAAACCACUGUUUCGAGGAAACAAGAGAUGGCACGCUCGAGGUGCGAGUUGAAGGAAAUUCGAUCAUACCUCGCACCAUCUUUGGAAGAUUUUACAUUCUAUGUGCAAUUUUAAGACAAUUCCAUCUCUGCAUAUCUCUAUUGAGGCAACAGAAAGACACAUACGAUGUUCUGUUCGUAGACCAAUUGAGUGCUUGUAUUCCAUUGUUGAAGUUGUUCUGUUCAUCUAAAGUGUUUUUCUAUUGCCACUUUCCGGACAAGAAACUGGCUCGUCAUGACACCUUGAUACAACGCAUCUACCGUGCCCCAGUAGAUCUCUUCGAGGAAUAUACCACUGGAAUGGCGGAUACUGUGGUUGUAAAUAGUAAUUUCACGGCCGGCGUAUUCAAGCGCUCCUUUCCAUCUAUAUUAAAAAAUCCGAGAACGCUAUACCCUCCUAUUAACUUGGAAGCAUACGAUAAGGAAGUUGAUAUAGAUGAUCCUCGAGUGAAGGUUUUAAUAUCUGAUAGAAAAUUAAUUGUGUCUAUCAAUCGGUUCGAACGCAAGAAGGCCAUUGAUUUAGCCAUACAUUCAUUCGCAAUGCUGAAAGAAGACGGAGGAAUACGGCCAGAGAUAUUCAAUAGUAUGCGAUUAAUCGUUGGCGGAGGAUAUGACCCAAGAGUCGCCGAAAAUGUUGAAUAUCAUAAGGAGCUUAACAAGUUAGCGCAAGAGACGUACAAAUUGAAAACUUUCACUCUGAUGCCAGGAUCCACUGAAGUGGUUCCUACCGACUCACAAGUGGUUUUCCUUUGUUCGUUCAACGACUCUCAACGCGGCUAUCUUUUGUCGCAUGCAACAGUCGUACUUUAUACACCGUCUAAUGAACACUUUGGCAUUACCCCUGUCGAAGCUAUGUAUGCAAGAGCCCCAGUCAUUGCUGCAAAUAACGGCGGCCCGGUAGAAACCGUCAAACACAACGUUACUGGUCUACUCCUACCACCAACCCCAGAAAAUUGGCGCGAUGGUAUAAAGUCCAUUGCUACAGCUGAAUUGGACGGACGUAAAAUGGGAGAAGCAGGAAGAAAGCACGCUCAAGAACGAUUCUCACUUGAGGCUUUCGUUGAUCAGUUGGAAGAUAUCUUGGACGAGCUGGUCUCGGGUGGACGGCCUACGAAGCAUUACUAUGACAACGUUGAGUAUGGUGUUCGAAUUGCCAUCGCCAUUGUAGUAUUUGGCUUAUACGUUAACUAUUGGUGGCUAUGAUUUGAUUCGUCGGAUCUCAAUAUGGAUCAAAGUGUAAUUCUUUACAAAUGCACCAUUGCAUGUUUCAAUAGAUUGCAAAAUUAACUCAUUUAAUAAAGUAGUAGUCAACGAAAUCAUGAAUAUAUGCUUUGAACAUCAAUCAUCCAUAUUUUCAAUAAUCGUCAUAUUCCAGGUUCUUAUUAACCCUGGUGUGCUCAAUCACAAACUGUAGAUAUAGAAGAUAGUAACUGCAAAAU